AUGACAGCCAUGACCGAGCCAAUGGAAAGCGCCGCCGCUGCUUAUGCCGCUUACAACGACUUUCAAGUGAGUUACUUUUAAGCCUAAAUCUUAUUUUAUUCAAUUUUUGAUUCAGUUGAUUUUGGGACAUUUUAUACGAUAAAACAUGUUUGAGCGUAUAAAAUGUCGAGUUAUUGGAAAGAAAAAAAAUUAUUCAGCACAUGAAUUAAUGACCCGUAUUUUACACUUCACAACCAACUUUGUACAAAAAUAAUAUUGCACAGACAUUUUAUACGAGCAAACAUGUUUCAUCGUAUAAAACCUCUCCACUCGCUGAAAAUCCGAAAAUUCGAUUAUAUCAUCUUCAAUCGAGGGUUAUGCAACCCAAACAGCUAAAUUUUUAUGAAUAGAAAGGUUCAGCGACAUUUUAUACGAUCAAACAGGUUUCAUCGUAUAAAAUGCCUCUAGCUCUUUCAAAAUCCAAAAUUUUACCUUGGUUAUUUCUAAGUAUUCAUUAUAGAUUCGAUUGUUCAUAAAAACCAUUUUUCAGAAUGCAUUUGCAAGCCCUGAGAUGCUGGCUUUUCAAUCAGCACCCUACUACCCAAAUCCCGAUCUCUCAACGCUCUCCUAUCCCACCGAGAACACGGCGCUGCCCGUCCAGCCGACAAUCCACUUCUAUCAGCCUACAGCGCCACAACAAUGGCCGGAGAGCAAUCAUCAAGUGUAAGAUUAAGAAGUUUUGGUUUUGAUGUCAAGUACAAUAUAAUUUGAUGAGAAAAUGAUGAUAAUUGAGUGAAAAAGAGGGAUCUUUUGUGAUUCAAGGGUGGUUCAUUCAUCUUUGAGGCACGUUUUGCUAUUUUAGCCGGUUUCCAGGGCAUUUUCAAAAAAUCCAGAAAAUCCGUCAUGAUGACAGGUUUAAUGGCUCCUUUGAUUUCAAAAUUUUUACAGCUAAUCUAUUACAUAUAUUAUGCAGAUACUACUAAAAAUUUUUCAAAUCAAUAAUCCAACCAAUCUGUCCGCUAUGAGCAAACGAUGACGGAUUUUCUGGAAUUUCGUAAAUUUCCCCCAAAAAAUCGGAAAUUUCCAUGGAAUUUUGCUGAUUUUUGAUGACUAAAGGUUCUUGGCAGUACAAGGACUGCGCUAAAAUGAUUUUUUCAUACAUCACAUCAGCGAACGUAGUACAGUAACCAACUUUAUUGCGAUAAUACGACUUAGAAGCCAAUAUUAAACCUCUUGAAACCUCUCAGACCUUUCUUCGUUCAUGCAUCACGGAUUUUUGUCGAGUUAGCAGUUUUCCCUCAGUUUCCACGAUUUUUCGAGGCCAAUUCAGUCGAUUUUAACCUUAGUUUGGCAUUUUUCCCAGUUUUUCGAAUCAAUUCGCUCAUAAUUCUGCUAUUUCUGCAUAACGCGGUCCAAAAACUUGUCGGAUGUCUUAGAGAAUCGUGAUUCCCAUUUUUGCCAAGUUUCAUGACACUCGACAAAACGGGAUUUUUUGAAAUGAAAACUUUUAUAAAUCCGGUAAUUCUGCAUAACGCGGUUUGAAAUUUUGCGGAAUUCAUUGACAAAUCGAUACCUUCAUUUGGUAAAAAAUUCAAAAAAAUUUAGAAACCCUAAGGGCAUUUAAUUUAAAUUUUCAAAUUUCGCGAUUUUUAGUACAAAAUUGAACUUUUUUUGCAAAACCAAAAUAAAAACCGGUAUUUCAGUCCCUACACAACAUCCGUGAACCCUUUCGACUACAGUGACUUUGCUACAACGACCCUAAAAUCGACGGAUUCAUCGGUGAAUCUGAGCUCCUCGAUUUGGCCAACUGAGCGAAUUUUCAAGUCAAAUGUGCCGAAUAUGACGUUGGAUUCGAAUACACCAAGCAAUAGUGACAUCGAAAGCCAUGAGGAGAGCAAAGGACGGCAGAGAGUUUAUGGAUGUCCCACUUGUGGGAAACAGUAUUGCCGAAAAAGCACGCUCAAGUCGCAUAUAAAACAACAUUUGGGGAACAAACCGUUCAUGUGUCAUGUAAGCAGAUAUGAAGCCGUAAAGAGAUGACGCUUCUCGAUGAAUUGGCGUUUUAUACGAUGAAACAUGUUUUGUCGAAUAAAAUGUCACAGAAGUGACAAAAAUUUGAAAAAAGUUGUUAGCUGACGCUACAAGUAUAUCGUGGAAUAAUUGAUUUGCAAAUCUUGGGAACUACGCCUUUUUAAACCAUUUUAUACGAUGAAACAUGUUUUGCCGUAUCAAAUGUCACUGAAGCAAAAAAAUGCUAAAAAACUUAUUGACUAACAUUACCAGUAUAUCGCGUAGCCAAUUAUUUGCAAUUCUUACAAACCACGGCUUUUGAAACCAUUUUAUACUACGAAACAUGUUUCAUCGUAUAACAUCGUAUAAAAUGUCACUAAUUUGGCAGAAAUCUUGUAAAUUGAAGCGACAGUCUCUGUAAAGAGACUAGGCUGCCAAUAAGACAACAUUAUUGCUUUUUAUCGCUUCGGGAAGACACUUAUACGAUGAAAUAUGUUUGAAUAUAAAAAUAUAAAGUAUCUCAUACUGUAAUAAAAAUAUUUAAACUUUUAAAAUCGCUAAUUAGACCUCAAGAAAACAUUUUAUGAGGACUAAGCCGCGUAUUUUACCCUGUUAUUUAUAUCAAACUUUCAGAUGUCAAGUACAAUAUAUUUCUUUCAGGUUUGUGGGAAAACCUUUACUCAAGCCGCCAACUUGACGGCUCAUAAACGAGUUCACACCGGUGAGAAGCCGUUCGCUUGCUCGGUUUGUUUGAGGCCGUUCUCUCAAAGUUCUUCGUUGGUCACUCAUCGGAGGUGAGUUCAUGGACAAUAUAACUCAAUUUUUAUGGCUUUAAAAUCGCAAAUUUUGGGGUUCAUUGCGGCAAUAAUCAUUUUAAACCAUUUUACUUUCAAAUUCUAAUAUUAUUUCAUCGAAUUCCAUCUUAUACGAUGAGAUUUUUAAAAUUAAAUUUUUGAUUUUAAAACCUUCGUAUUUUAGCCGAUUCUCAAAAAACCGGUCCAACAAUUUCUAAAUCCUUUUAUAGACCAUCAGUCUUCAUUUUUGCCAAAUUUCAUCAAAAUUUGAAUAUUUAAAUUUUUAAUUUAAAUAAUUCCCAAAAUUUGCAUAUUCAAAAUUUUCCAAUAAUUCCACCCACAUGUAACAGCCUUAAUCACCAAAUCUCAUCAUCAAAGUCCAAUGUAAAAGUUAAUCUUUAAUUGGAAUAUUUGAAUUAGUCAAAACAACCAAACAGACGGACUUUUGUAAGUUUUCCGAAGCCUUUCUGCUCGGAUUUUCUUGGCUGGUGUGAUAAGAUUAACCCGCCAAUACCAAUGAACAGUUGUACAGUGGAUUACCAACACCCACGUGAUCGAAAAAAAGCAAAAAUUUUUGGUGAUGUACUGUAAUUUUCGAACUUACAGUACCCCAUCCAAAACCCUUCCGAUUUCCCUAAAAUUUUACUCAAAUGAGGAUUAUGGUCCAAAAAGAAAUCUCAGAAAAUUUCAGACCGCGUUAUGCAGAAACAUUCGAAAUAUAUUGAAUUCAAUUUAAAAAAAUCUCGCCUUGAAAUUCGAUUUUAAACUUAUUCCCAUUGAAAAAUUAGACGUUUGUUGUAUCAACAAACACUAAUUGAUUAAUUUUAGGACCCAUACCGGCGAACGACCUUAUCCCUGUCGACAUUGCAGUAAGUCUUUCACCGACUCCUCAACUUUGACCAAGCAUAUGAGAACUCACACGGGUAUGUCGACUUUUAUAUUAGUUCUUGGCUAUUUAGAUGACACCAGGCUCGGUGGAAUUUGAUUUUCACCGAUUUGAACAUCCAGAGACAUUUUAUACGAUCAAAACACGUUUGAUCGUAUAAAAUGUCUCCGGUGACGCACAAUACAAGCUAGAAAUUAUUUUCAUGAAUAAUCUACUGUAAUUCAGUUAUUAGAGUAGUUUCUACUAUGUUUUCUAAAUUCAGAGACAUUUUAUACGAUUAAACAUGUUUCGUCGUAUAAAAUGUCCAUGACAUCGAAAAGCAAUAGAACGUAUUUUAAAACUAAUUUUGAGUCAGAAACCCUACGGCCUCACAAUCUUUUACUUCAUUAUCAACAUUCAGAGACAUUUUAUACGAUGAAACAUGUUUCAUCGUAUAAAAAAAAAACGUAUUUUACAAUUACUUUCAGGACAAAAACCCUAUGGCUGUCACUUGUGUCUGAUGCGAUUCAGCCAAUCCGGCAACCUCCAUCGCCACAUGAAAACCCACCGUCCGCUGGAAAAUUGA